ACAAAAAGUCCUAGUCUCCUAUCUAGGCAACUUCACCGCCCUAUCCCCCCACGCCCCUCUCUCUCUCUCUCUCUCUCUCUCUCUCUACCAUUUCUAUGCACUCCUUUACUUUAUAUAUAUCCCUUGAAUCUCAGGGCACUGACAUUCAUAUCUCACUCAUCAAGGGCCAUGGAUUGGUUUUCUUGGCUCUCAAAAACUGGCCUUGAGCCAUCCCUUGUCUAUGAGUAUGGCCUUGCUUUUUCCCACAAUGAGCUGGAAGAAGAAGAUAUAGCUUACUUCAACCAUGAGUUUCUCCAAAGCAUGGGCAUAUCAAUAGCUAAACACAGGCUGGAAAUUCUCAAGCUUGCUAGGAAGGAGAAAGGGGUGAGUCCUAGAGCAGUGUCAAGGCUUCUGUUGGCAAUCAAGAGAACAAAAAAGUGCUUGGCUAAGUACAUCAGGACAUUGGUUCACCGGGAAGAGUCAGCUCUUGUUGUUGUUAAUCCGAGAAGUAGGUCAGGAUAUGCCAAUAAAUGGAGAGGUGCAAUGCUGAAGAGAAACAAGAAGCUGGUGAUGGCUACACAAGGGAGGCUGCUGCUCACAAACGGGACUCCUCUACUUGUUUCAGGGCCUACUAGAGUUGAGAGCUUUUCAAGUCCUAUGGUUUUUGACUACCAGAAGGAGGAGAAAAAGGAUGAGGAUGAAGAUGGAUAUUGGUCAACAGCCGUUGAAGAGAUCAGGUGGGAUUCAAUGUUUCAGGAUUUGAAACCAACUUGAAGGUUCCUUUCAUUUGUUUCUUCAUUUCUCCUGAUGUUAGAUUUGAAUGGUGAGAGAUGAGAUUUUUAGUUUCUUCCACCAGAAUUUUUCUGAGUGUCUAGGAAGAUUGGUUUAAUCCUUCUUUUUCUUUAGUGGUGGGUCAUGUGAAGCCAGACUUUGGCACCAAGGAGCCUUUUCCAGUCAUGACAAUGUCUCCCCCUGCUUUUUAUUCUUAAUCCUUUAUCUUUGAUAGAAAAGAGAGCACAGGCAAUCAGUCUCUUUGGGAAAGACUGAAAAAGAGCCAUUUGUUAGGUAUGAAAACACGCAGUAAGACAAAAGGUAUUUGUGUUGUAAAUUUUAAAUGGUUGUUUAUUGGGGGUGAAAGUUGAAAUACUAUACUUUCAGAUAACCCAAAAUUGUACUGGAAGCCUAGAAAAUCUAGAAGGAAAUGAGUUUGUUUUCUUUUCUUUCUUUUUCUUUUAAUUUGGUAAUGAAAUUACUUCAUUGUUUUACCUCA